GCCUGUCACACCAGGCUUGUCUAUUGGCCAUUCAAUUCCGGUUCGACGGUAGUCACGUGACCGCUCGGUCUUCUUAUUGCUACAGUAAAUUUGACGCGACAACAACUUCGGAAAUUCCUCUGCAGUUGCCACGAAGAGACAGCUUCUAUAAUGAUGAGAAAGCUUAAACAAUGAGGACACUACUUGAAGUCGCAGCUAAAACAGCAGAAAAGUAGAGAAACUACACGCACUGGUUAGCAAGACACGGCGCAUUCCACUUCGCGGGUGACUGACGCCAAGAAAACACUGUGACUAUAUUUAGACUCGCGAACACCUGCUUUGAGUGACAUGUUGUGACUGUAUGAAACUGACAUGAAACUGACACGAAAAUUGCCAAGGCAACAAAGUGACGAUAUAUUGUGUGAGGAUCGAUAAUACUGUUUGUGGUGGACACGUACGUCAAUAUUCUGGGAUAAUACCACCAUUCAAGAUGUCAGCGCUUCAACGUUUCAUCGGCAGGAUAACGCGGACUAAAACCAUCAACGACGACUUCCAUGAGACAUCUCUACGACGAUGUCUCAACACCUUCGAUAUCACCAUGCUUGGGAUCGGUCACAUGAUCGGAGCAGGAAUCUACGUACUAACCGGAACAGUCGUUCAUAACAAAGCUGGACCCUCCGCCGUUCUCUCGUAUCUCUUCGCCGGAGUAGCUGCGCUUCUUUCCGCUCUUUGUUACGCCGAGUUCGGAGCCAGGGUUCCAAAGGCCGGCUCGGCCUAUUCCUACACUUACGUCACCGUUGGAGAAGUAUGGGGCUUUGUGAUUGGCUGGAAUGUUGUCUUGGAGCACCUGAUUGGCGCAGCGGCAGUAGCGCGUGCGUGGAGCGGCUCCAUCGACUCAUUGUUCGACGGCGCAAUAAGGAACAGCACUAUUGCCACGAUCGGCUACAUGGGCAAGGGUAACGAUUGGAUAUCUGACUAUCCUGACUUCCUCGCAUGGGCGAUAACUAUAGUUGUGUUCAUCAUUGUAGGUACAGGAGCAAAGUUCUCCAUUCAUUUCAACAGCACCUUUACAAUACUGAACGGGAUUGUCAUCGCCUUCAUCAUCUGUGCGGGGUUCUACUAUGCCGACAUCGACAACUGGACCAACACCAAUAGAGGUGGAUUCUUUCCUUUUGGCUUCGGUGGGACAUUGGGUGGCGCUGCGUCCUGUUUUUUUGCAUACAUAGGAUUUGAAGGGAUCGCCGUCUCGGGAGAAGAAGCAAGGCACCCUGAGAAGUCGAUACCGGUUGCUACAGCUAUCGCCCUUGCUGUAGUCACGGUUCUCUAUAUGCUCGUCAGCAUCAGUUUAACGUUGAUGGUACCGUUUGACCAAACUGACCCGACUGCAGCCUUCCCGAUGGCCUUCGCGUACAAUGGAGCAACUUGGGCAAAAUAUAUUGUUGCAAUUGGAACUCUGUUCGGCAUUACCACGUCCCUUCUUGGCGGGGCCUUCUCACUGCCACGGUCAGUUUACGCAAUGGCUGAUGACGGACUACUUUUCUCCAUAUUUGCACGUGUUCAUCCGCGCUCCCAAACCCCAGUUUGGUCUAUAGCGGUGUUCGGCUUUCUAGCAGCCUUAGGAGCCUUGUUAUUCGAGAUUGAAACCCUUGUCGAGUUUAUGUCCAUAGGUACUCUUCUAGCCUACACUAUAGUUGCUGCUAGCAUAAUUAUUCUAAGAUAUCAGCCAGUUACAAAAUGUCAGUUUAAAUUGAAACCCGAGGAGGUUCCUCAAGAAGAAGAUGCGAUGUCAGAGAAGAGUGUUAUCAUGAAGAAAUCCAAAAGCCAUGAUGAUUUCGGGAAGUUAAGAUCAAGUCUCAAGGAGCUUCCAAUCCUACGCGGAUUUGAGCCAGGGAGCUGCGUCACCAUGGCAACCGUUCUGAUGGGCGUGCUAAUCACGUGUCUUUGUGUGACGUGCAUAUAUGGCUUCCCUUAUUUGACUGGCGCCACCUGGUGGAUAAUUGUCCUCAUCAUUCUGUUCGUGGGUGGGAUCGUGUUUUUCUACCUUGUCAUUAUUGCGCAUGAGCAGAACGACGCUUUCAUGACAUUCCAGAUUCCCUUGGUGCCGUUGCUGCCGUCGCUGUCGAUGUGCUUUAACGUCGCCCUCAUGUUCUCUCUGUCGUAUCUCACGUGGAUUCGUCUUGCCAUCUGGAUGGCAGUAGGUCUGGUGGUAUACUUCGCCUACGGCAUGCACAACAGUCGGGAGAACAAGUCUGAGACGGGCUACGGCCCCAUGGUGGAAUACACGGGGGACGCCGCCUUGGGGGCGGGGACAUCCAUCACCCGCCUGGACGAGGAGAUCAAAGAACAACAGCCACCCAGGAGAGAUGAGGGGCUGCCCGCGGACUACUGAGGGAGGGGAGGGCUGAAAGUGGGUGGGGCUGAGAGUCAGACAUAGGUUUCAGGGGUCAAUAGGUAACCUUGUUGUCAAAUGCGUUCGCUCGCCACCGGGUUCGAUUCUCCACAUGGGCACAUUGUGUGAAUCCAUUUUCGGUACUCCCGACAUGAUAUGGCUGAAAAACCAUUCUCACUCAGUUUUUGAGUAGGAUGUUGGGUAGCUCAGUUGAUCAGGUGUUCUCUCGCCGACCGUGGUGUUUACACUACAUUACUGAAACCAUACUUGCUGGGUACGUGUGGAUUGAGUUGAGAUCGAGGAGUGAAGGGCCAACGCAAGACACAAUUUAUACAACAUUAACUUCAUAUACAUUAACGUCAAUAUUGAGCGGUACGCAUCUUCCCGAGGCAAGGUUGUUAACUGACUAUAAAAGUCCUGUUCCCAAAACUGCCGAACAAAGCUGGAAUUUCCGGGCUCGAUCGUAGCGCCACUAGUGGCUAUUACGAGUUAUGUCCCUUAUAUGUCCCUCCUAU